AUGACCCGGCACUCUGUGGACAUCGACGGCGGCCCUCAGCAAGUUAGCCUUGACGGUGACACUCCCUCCAAGCAGCUCCUCGUUGUCGACGCUAUCUUUUGCCUCUUUCUCGUCGAGCUCGCUGGCUUCGUCGUCAUCACUCGUGGCCUCCUGCUGCUCUUCCAAGUAGCCCACAUCCGUUGGAUCCAGGUCAUCAAGGGUGGACACCUCGUCGUCUGCACCUUCUUUCGUCUCUGCGGCUACCUUGUGGGCAUUCCGGCUGCCGUCGCACUUCUUCACGGACCUGCAAGCAUGGCACCCACCAUGGACGUCCUCUUCGAGAUCUCCGGUCUUGUCUCCUCUUUUGGAACACACCCUCUGAACACAGUCCUGGGCUUGUUUGUGGCGACUUUCCGUCUUUUGGACCUCUCGUUGGUCAUCAACCCCGCUGCCCUCUCCGAUGAGUGGACAACCCUCUCCUCCCCACAAUAUCCUCCUGGCACUGUGUUGCACCACAUCGUGCGCCCUUUCUUUGUCCGACACAAUUCCACGUCCAGCGCCAGCACCAGUUCCGCCGGCUCCUCCUCGUCCCUCCACACGCUCGUGUCCGCUUCCAGCGAUCAUCAGCUCGCCAAGUCCAUCGACGCAUCUUCCACCGCUCUCCCCCCGCCUCCCCUCCUUAACGCCGCGUCGGCGUUCACCGGGCUGGUCGCCGCCAAUGCCUCGCCCGUUACGAACGGGCUCCCGGCAUCCGCAUGCGCUCUCCCUGGCUCUGCAGGAGUCGCAAGCACCGAGGAGGCCACCGCCAGGACGUUGGCCGAAAUGACCGAGGAUGAGCACUGGACGACGCCCCCGCUGCCAGCAUCCGAGCAGGACGAAAGAGGCAACGCAUCCAACGACUCUCAAUGUCAAGGCGGAGGCUGGCCCCACCUCAGCGGCGGGGGCGGCGGCAGCGGCGACAACUCGCUCCGCGCCGCCUGGCGCGACUUCGCCCUCCAGCCGAUCGCGGAGGAGCCGGAGCUGCAGUCCCUCCCGUCGUGCGCGUCGACCGCGGCGGCGACGGCGGCCGCGUCCGAGGGCUUCGCGCCGCUCGUCUCCGCCCCGUCCCUCUUCAGCCUCGCCGCGUCCGAGAGCGGGCACCGGGACGGGGACGGGGACGCGCUCGGAGCUGGCCCGGCGGAGGACGAGGCGUCCUGGCCCGGCGAGACGGAGGUGCCGAUGUGCAGGGCGUGCUUCGUCGCGCGCGCGACGGAGGGCUGCUAUGCGCGUCCUGCCCGCCCCGGGCCCGGCUCUUUCCCUGCCAGAGAGUGGUCGACGCCGACGAGGUCGCCCAUCGUCGUCCGCGCGGACGGGGCGGGCUCCGCGACCAUCAACUUACAGAUACACCUCGUCUUGGAGCAGAAACCGCCCGGCUUCGCCCGUUCUGGAGGUGACCGUCCAUUUGGUGGACGAGACCAGUUUGACUCCCCAGGCAUGGCGUCUUUUGCGUCGUCUUCGUCUUCAGUCUUCUGA